CUAAACGGCCUGGGCAUCUGCCCGAGUCAUCACAGAACCAGAAUAAAUUUUCUAAUCUCGAACUCUCGAAGAACGUAACGAUGUCGUAUAUGCUGCCUCACCUCCACUCGGGAUGGGCCGUGGAUCAAGCCAUCCUCGCCGAGGAGGAACGCCUCGUCAUCAUCCGAUUCGGCCACGACUGGGACGAAACUUGCAUGCAGAUGGACGAGGUGUUGGCUUCAGUUGCUGAAACAUUAAAGAACUUUGCAGUUAUUUACCUUGUGGAUAUCACAGAAGUGCCAGAUUUUAACACAAUGUACGAGUUAUAUGACCCGUCCACCAUCAUGUUCUUCUUCAGAAACAAGCACAUUAUGAUUGAUCUUGGCACUGGAAACAACAACAAGAUCAACUGGGCACUGAAGGAUAAACAGGAGUUCAUCGACAUCGUCGAGACGGUCUACCGUGGUGCAAGGAAGGGCCGUGGUCUAGUCAUUGCUCCGAAAGAUUACUCCACCAAAUAUCGUUAUUGAGUACUCGUCCUACCCUUUAUGCAUUAUAAUAUCUUACAAUCUUCUUGUAUGUUGAUUUGGUGAAAACCUUCACAAUUCCAGUUCCUAUACGGAACUGGAUUCUUAAGCUUCUAUGCUAGUUAAAGGUCUGAAAGAUUUACGCAGCAAUUAAUGUCUGGUUUGUGGUGUUAUUGGAUGGUCUUUUGUACUUUAUCCAUGUAUUCAGAUUUGAGGAUUUAUUAUCAGGUGGCUUGAAUCUUUAGAGAGGCGACUCUUGAACUCUACUUCGCGUUCUUUUUUGGUGUUUCAUGUUAAAAUUUUUAGAUGAUUUUCAUGACAUCGGAAGUAUAUUUCUGUGAAAUGAUGUCUGAAUUCUUCAAUGCUA